UGCAGUUUGGUCCACAUAAGAAAAGGUCUUGCAGCCUAGCGAACAACCCCACUUUAACUCCUCCCUUUCAUUUCUUUUCCGGCGGCAGCUCUAUCUCUCUCUCUCUCUCUCCAAUAGCAUUUCUGGGUGUUCUUCAAUUUCUCCUUCUAGGGUUUUUUUUUUCUUCUAUCACUUUCGCUUUGAUUUUCUAUUCUUUGAUUUCUCUCUACUGGGUUCCUUUCUUUGAUUCCUACACAAUCAAGGCCAUGACUACUCUUAAUCAGGUUACAAUCUCAGUGUUGGAGACGUUUUAACCAAUUUGCAGCAAAGAAUUGUAAGUUCUAGUAUUAUUUUCUUAUUCCUUGUGGAUUUCAAUGUUUUUUCUGGUAUAAAAGAAGCUAUCUGGGUUGUUGGAGGGUGAACAUGAUGGACUGGCUGAGAUUUCCCUUGAGAGACUGGUCACGCCUGCCAGAUGAUGUGAUUGCACUGAUUAUCAGUCGAAUCAACACCGUUGAAGACUUGAUUGUGUUCUCUGCGGUUUGUCAGUCAUGGCGAUCUGUUGCAGUCAAAGAGUACUUGAUUCGACGAAUCCAGCUUCCAUGGUUGAUGCUGGGUGAGAACCAUAGUGAUGAAACAAGAGGGUUCUUCAGCAUUUAUACGAAUAAGCGUUACAAUGUAACGCUACCAAACAUGAGUGGUAGGCGCUGUUGGGGGUCUCAGUAUGGAUGGUUACUGGUCCUAGAAUUCAACAGACACUUCUACCUUUUCAAUCCACUCACCCGUGUUCGUCUUGAUUUACCCCCAAAACCCAUAUUUAUGGGUGAGUUUGAUCACGAUGAUCGCAAUAAUCGUUCUGCUUCGGUUCCUGGUUUUGUUCGAAAAGCUUGUGUGUUUAGAGAUGAGCCUGUUCAAGGCACAACUCAGGAUCAAUUCAUGGUUGUUGCAAUAGGUAACGUGUCAGGUAAUUUGGCUCUAGCAAGACCAGGAGAACAAAAUUGGAUUCAGGUGAGGACUCCAUUUGGGCGCAUUGAGUCUGCUGCAUGGUGUAAUGGUAAACUGUUUAUUGUUCUUGGGACAGGUACCCUUUUGUGUUGUGAGCGCGAUGAGUUUGGUAGAUUUGAAGCAAAGCACUUUGCAUCACAACUAGAAAAUGCAAGGCUCUGGGACAAUAUCAGCUUGGUGGAAUACCGUGGUGAUCUUUUAUUGGUGUUUCGAUACUUCAGCGAUGAAAAUUCUAAGAAUUGGCACAAGACAAAGCAUUUUGAUGUUCACAAGCUGGAUUUUGAGACCAAGGAGUGGAUAGAAAUGGACGACUUGGGAGAUUGUUCAUUGUUCAUUGAUGCGGAUAAUUCUGCAAUGGCUCUUUGCACAUUGGAAGUUGAAAAUUGUAAAAGGAACUGCAUUUACUUUGUUGAAAAAUAUUGGGACAAGCGGAGCAGAUAUUUAGGGGGGCACGACAUGGGCGUGUUCAACAUGGUCGAUGGGUGGAUUGAACCCUACUUCAUCAGUGAUGCUUCAAGCUUAUAUGUCAAGCACUCAAAUCCUAUCUGGGUAAUGCCUAGUUUGUGUUAGGAGUUUAUGUUUGUUGUAUAUUUAAAAUCUGUUGUUUGUGACUGUUGGCCAGUUUUGUUCUGUUAUGAAAUAUGAACACACUGUAACUUUGUGUUUGGGAAUGUUUUGUUGUUAAUCUACAGUUGCUCAUUCUAUUAUAUU